AACUCCCUGGGCCCAGGUACACCCCGCUCGGCAUCUCUCGGCUGCUCCGCGUCUAAAAUGGAGGGAGCCCGGGCGGCGUCAGGGGAAGACCAAGCCGGAGCCGAGUUCCCAAUGGAGCCCUUGGGAAGCCGGGUCCCGGAGCUGGAGCAGCCCCAGGUCCCCGCGGAAGAAAGACGUCCUGAGAGUCCCGAGAGCAGCCCGAGUCUGGCUCCCGCAGUGAAGGAGGAGGCGGGCGCGGGCCAGGACCUGUCGGGCGGGAAGAAGCUGCCCUCGCCUCGACCCGCGCCCCUGCGGUUGCUGCCACCCAGCCUGGGCUACAGCGCCUUCCGCCGUCAGCAGUCGGCCAGCCCGGAGCUGCCGUCGCCGGGCCCAGCCGCGGCCGAGCAGCCCCGGGACGGCGAGACGCCGGGGGCUGAGCAGAUGCUCAGGGCCGCGCCCGGUGAGCCGGCUUGGAACGCCUGGGCCCCCGUGGAACUGCAGGUGGACGUGCGCGUGAAGUCCGUGGGCGCGGCCGGCGGCAGCCGCGCGCCCUCGCCGGCGCCUUCCACGCGUUUCCUCACCGUCCCGGUGCCGGAAUCGCCGGCCUUCUCCCGCCACGCCUCCCCAGCGCUCCCGCUCCUGCGGCGGACCCCGUCUCUGGGAGGCACCUGGGGCCGUGGCACGCCGCUGGCCGCAGCCCGGACGGAGCGCGGCCUCGACGCCGAGGGUUGGGCCGGUCCCGCCGAGGGGCGCGCGGAGUCCCCGGGCUCCCCCACGUGCCGCUGCCGCUGCAAGGAGGACGCCGUGCUCCACACCGAGAUGGACGGCGACAAGAAGCUGUCCCGGGUCAUAAAGCUCAUAGGGCUGCCCAUGUACAUGAGGUCCCUGCGCUGGGCCCUGGCAACCAUAGCCAUGUUCCUGGCGGUGUCUACGGUGGCCAUUGUGGCCCUGGCCUCGAAAGCAGGGGCCGGGGGCCAGCCGUGCCCCCAGGGCUGGAUGUGGUCCAUGGCGCAUUGCUACUACCUCUCUGCCGAAGCCGAGGCCUGGGAGGCCAGCCAGGCCUUCUGCUCAGCCCACCAUGCUACCCUCCCCCUGCUGAGACACACCCAGAAAAAGUCACCAAGGCCUGGAGAAGUAAAGUGACAUGCAGGAGGACCAGACGUCAGGUCUCCAAGAUGUUCAGUUUGCUCUUCAUUCUGAGAAGUGGAAGUGGAGCUGGGAAGGCUGGAGCGGAGAUGCUCCCAUCCAACCUGGUGACCAAGCACUUAACAGUGAACUCAGGAACAAGUCUGUGCUGGCCGGUCUGUGGGA